AAAACUGUUUUCUACUGCAACUGUCACCUGAAAGUGCGGUCUUGUACAAGUCACGCAUCACUGAGCAAGCAAACUCAUCAGCACGUGACAGUUCGUCAUGGGAUCUCACUAUAUACAGUCACUGCAUCACAUGAAUGUGUAGAAUUUGAUAAAGUGGUAAUCCUUUGAUCACAAUGUUCCGAAGCAUCUGCAGGGGACCAGUUCAAAGGUCAUUCAGAUAUAGUCUCCUAUCAAGAUUAGAUAGUACCAACCUAGCCUCCAUAACCCAGCUCCAUGUGUGUACUGCUAAUAAUAGAGGGUCAGAGUUUCCAGAUUUGAAUACGAGUGUUGAUGUUCAUAAGCACAAGUUGGAAAGACCAAAACCAACUCCAAAAAUAACGAAGGAUGAACUGAAAACACUAGAGAAAGAUACGAAAGGAUCUCUUAUUCCAGAAACAUUAAAGCAAAUGGAAAAUGAUGCAGACUUCCAGAUGAACAUGGAAAAUCUGAAGAAAUUGGGUCAGAAGAAACUUACGAAGGAAGAACGGAUCAAACGGCAGCGAGCUUUAAACGACCUCGGUAUUCCCAGUUUCCGGGAUUUUGUCAAGUCAGCAUCCACAGAUUCAAAUGGAGAUCUAUACAGCUUACUGCGAAAAACACCGAUAGAGAUAUUUCAGCUGAACAUUGGUUUGUACUGUAAUCAGGCUUGUAGCCAUUGCCACGUGGAGUCGUCACCUAAGAGGAAAGAAAUGAUGAACCGACAAACAGCAGAGAAGUGUCUAGAAGUCCUUAGCAACAGCCCCUCCAUUCACACGGUUGAUAUUACUGGCGGUGCUCCAGAACUUUGCAGCGAAUUUCGAUUCCUCGCAAAAAGAUCCAAAGAACUUGGCCUGAAUGUGAUUGACAGGUGCAACUUAACAGCGCUCCUUGAACCUGGCCAAGAAGACACUGCUCAAUUCCUUGCGGAUAAUGAGAUCAUCGUCAUUGCUUCUUUACCCUGUUACAGUGCUAAGAAUGUAAACAUACAACGAGGCGCUGGUGUGUUUAACAAGAGCAUUCAAAGCCUUCUACUACUCAACAGCCUUGGGUACGGCAAACCAAGCUCACCCCUCCAACUCCACCUGGUCUACAAUCCAUUGGGAGCAUUUUUAGCUCCUUCACAAGCAGAUCUUGAAGUAAAGUACAAGGAGGAAUUGUGGGAUAACUUUGGCAUUGAAUUCAACAACCUUUUCACAAUCACCAAUAUGCCUGUUAAACGGUUUGCAGACUUCCUGUACAGAAGAAAUGAGCUGAAAGAUUACAUGCAUCUACUGGUACGUAAUUUCAACGGAAACAGCAUGGAAGGACUGAUGUGUCGGAAUUACAUCAACAUUAACUGGGACGGAAAGCUAUUUGAUUGCGAUUUCAACCAGCAAUUGGACAUGCCGAUGAGAAAAGUGAAAAGUCAAGGUAAUGCUUCACCAAAUGAACAUACCGGCAAUAGAGGGCCUUCCAUCUGGGACAUCAACUCAACAUCUGAAGUGGAGGAUCUGAGAAUAGUGACCGACAGUCAUUGCUUCGGAUGUACUGCUGGAUUAGGAUCUAGCUGUCAAGGAACUACUGUCUAAUUUGAUUGAUUGAUUGAUUGAUUGAUUGGCAAAACUAACACAAAUUGAUUUUACAGUACUACAAUGUGUUUGUAACUAUGUUAUAUUUUAUAUUUUCUUAUGAAUAUCAAGAAGUAUAUUUUUGUAUAAUUAUUGUAAAUGAAAAAUGUUUUACACCUGAAUGCGACUUAUCUGAGAGAAGUGCAUACAGUAGUUUAGAGUGGCGUGAUUAUUGCAAAUUUCGACUGAUGUGUAGCGCAAGGACGAUUUAGGGGUAGAAUGAAUUAUGAGGCCCCGAUAUGCAAGUGUCAACAAUGGAAGAGGGGAUGGUAUUUGAAUGAAUACCUCCCUACCUUAAAAUAUUUAUGAAUUUUAAGGCUAAAAAUACCUAUACUAAUGGGAUGCCAUUGAGCCAGGAAUUUGUAUUCAUGUAUAUAAAUGUUGUCAUGGGAGUACACAUAAUUUAAAACUAAGGAAGUAUAUUUUAUUAAUUUAUUAGUUUAGGGUGUUGGACUGUAAGGCUCUGUAGUUGUGACUGUAGGACGUGUGGGUCGUAACAGUGUUGCUAGGUAAUCCAGGUAGCUAUAAUUUGAGCGUGACGUGUGCAUAAUCGAGGGAUGCCUUAGAAAUACACCUGCCCUAAUUCUAUUUAAUUAACAAUAGUUCGAUGACGUUAAUUUAUGCAAACACGUGUGAUGCGAGUUGCAUUGUAUAGGAAAUACAGUUAGGUUGGUCACUGGACAGAAAGAUCCCAUAUCGGCACCGUUUGUGUGGAAAGGCAUAUGUUAGCCAAUGCGGAAUGGUACUGCGUGUUGUGCGAGAUACAACCUGGUAGUCAGUUUUAGCACUGGAUAGCUACUGGAAUAUAAAUCGUGGUUGAAAAUAGAUCGUCUACCGAUUAUAAAUGCUCAACAGCAAACUCGGACAUUGUAUCUUUUCUUGUAUAAUUAUUAACAUAUGUAUUGAUAUAGCCCAUGUAUGGUAUUAUUCAAUUGCUAAUUGGAAUAAUUAUUAAUGUAUAUUCAUAUAUUGAUAUAGCCCAUGUAUGGUAUUGUUCUAUUGCUAAUCAGAAUAAUUAUUAAUGUAUAUUCAUAUAUUCAUAUAGCCCAUGUAUGGUAUUGUUCUAUUGCCAAUCGGAAUAAUUAUUAAUGUAUAUUCAUAUAUUGAUAUAGCCCAUGUAUGGUAUUAUUCUAUUGCCACUCGGAAUAAUUGUUUAUGUGUACUCAUAUAUUGCCUAUGUAUGGUAUUAACUGGCCACUCAGUUAUAGUGAGGUAUGAUUCGUCUUGGUGAACGUAAUAAUUUAUCUUGUGAGACGUUAAAAUAGUUUGUUUGGUUCAGAAAACAUAGUCAGUGUAUAGUCCGGGUUAAGUAACCGGAGUAUUCAUAAGAAUAUCCAUGGUAGAUUUGUCUUAUGUGGCACGUUGUUCGGCUUGAUCAACCGAUAAUUAUAACCAUUAAACUAUUACAUUGACUACUUUGAUGCUGUGUCCGGAGUACUUUGUUUUUAUUAUCUAGCAUCUCUGAACGUUAUCUUCCCUUUUUGAACCAUACGUGACAGUAGUAGAGUGCUAGCUGUUAGUGAGAGGGCCCCCGGGUCACUAGGGUGGUUGGUCCCUUUAGACUGUAGGCUCCGAGAGCCCAUAGGUGUUACGCCACUGGACUGAUGAAUAUAUUACCCUAUCCUGUAAUAAUGGGAUCAUGCUUUGUGCAUAGGCCUACCUUACUUAAUACAAUGUUAUUUUUUAGAGAAUGUGGCAUUUUAAGUGCACAUUGCACUUAAAAUCCUUUUCCUUGCAUAUCGCAGUUCAAUUGGCAAGGCACCAUCUAUUUAUCAGACUUAAUACCUCCUUACAUCUCUUUGAUCGAUUGAUUCUAUGCAACUACUCAAUACUUUAGGGGCGUAACAAGAGAUCUUAGGGCACGCACGCAUUUGUGUUGGCAGCACCCAAUUUAUGGAACCAUAUACCUGAACCUGUUAUAUAAGAUGUCAUUGUCUCUCAAUUGUUUUAAAAAAGCACUUAAAAAGCAUCUUUUCAGCUCUUUUUAACCAUUAUCUUGUCGUCUCUGGACUCAUUUCUUGGUGGCCAGUUUUGGGCAGUGCACAAUAGUGGAGCCAAGUGCUUAUCCUAAGGUGGAAGAUACUGGAACCCAGCAUACUGUCUAACGUGUGACAGCGACGCUGUUUUCGUUAUCAGAUGGUGGAGUCCCAUCCUGGUCAUCUGUGCCAAAUGUCACUAUAAUUGGUAUUCACGUUUCUUUUGUUUUUUAUUGAUUUUUUUUUAAUUUACCUUGGCUUAUAGCUCAGACCAUGCUCAGACAGGUGAAUGCUCCAUUAUAAAUGUUCAUUUAUUAUUAUUUUUAUUAUUGCAUCAUAAAUAAUACUAGGUUUUAUGUUCUUAUUUUAUAUAUUUUAUUUAAUUCAUCCAGACUUGCAUAAUACUUAGUCCAGUAAAACAGAUCACAACUAUUUUAGUUGUUCAUGGCAUUGUAAAAUUAACACUACAUUUUCCCUAUUUAAAUCUAUUCCAAAAUUUUUUAAAUUUUAUUUUUUGUAUGCAAUAUUUUUAUUUUUGAUUAGAUAUAAUACAGUAAACCUUACUAUUUCCUUUUAUAUACUUUUUUGUGUUAAGAAAGAAAAUAAGUAAGCUUAUUAUUUUUCGGAGGCUCCUCAACAGUGGCUAGUCCAGAAAUGUGCCACAGCAGGGUUCGAACAAGGGGCUGACUAGAGCCUUGAUCAGGGUCCUGGAAUAAAAAUUCAUGGGUUGAGAUUUUAUGGCUUGGUGUGGCUUUUAGACCACAACAUAAGGAGUUGCCAAUAAAAAUAAAAUUUUGGUUAGGCAAAUUAAUAUUAUUCUAGAUAGUAUUUAAUAUUUCAUAUCAAUGUAAUUAUUCAUUAGUAUAGUACUUCAUAAAGACAAGUAUAACCAUGGUAUAACAAAACCAAAUAAAGCAAGAUGAAAAUAAAUGUCUAUGUUUUCUUUAUUAUCAUUUCUGAAUAAUGACCAAUUUUCUGAUGUAAAGGCUUACAGAUACUUGGGAAUGUUUAAAGCAAAGAGAAAGGUUUCAAACAUAUUACCAAAACCAAUCUGUAUUGGGAUUCUUAAAGCAGACAUUGUGCUAUUAUAAAGAUGUAAUUCCAUUGCUUUCAUUGGUUGAUCUUUUCAGAUGCAUUGUGGGAUGCGUUGGUAACAUGUUCAUGUUUGAUGUUGUCUUGGCGUAGUCCUCAAAAUGCCCCUCUCUCUUUGCUUCUAACAUGUAUUAAAUUCUCUCUAAUAGAGACAUCACAAACAAUGGAUAUGAAAUAUAUAUAUAAAAUGAACGCAAGCCGAUGUUUGUAGUUGAGUUAGGGAAGUUCAUUCACUCAGAGCUAAUGUCCUCCGAUUGAACCAGCUUAUUCAAUGUCACAAUCCUACAUAACAAUGUUAAUAUUUACAUUUGAAAUUAAAAUUCUAUUGAAACUAAUAUGCUGUAUCUUCUUCCCAAACUGUACAAACACUCAAAUGUACAAAAUCAGACAUUAAAAAAAAA